AAACACAUGAUGCAGUGUUACCUGUCCAGACUGUUCCAGCUUCACCGUUGUGUUUCCAUCGAGUACCUGUCACCGAGCAGCUUUCUAAGAGGCAAUUCAGUUCUGAUCAUACUUUCGAACUCGGAUGUAUGUCGGUUGGUCGAUUAGAAUUUAAGGCAUGAUCGAAGAAUGCGAAUUGCAGGAAGGCCACGAGUGCGACAAUGGGUGGCGUCGGAGCGCUAAAACUCCUUCCCUUCCUCGGGAUUUCGCACAUAAUAUGUAUACUAGGGGUCUCUGUGCUUCUUGAGGUCAGUUCUGCUCAGCAGCUGCAGAACAACACGGUUAAUGAUGGACAAAUCCUGCUGGACAUCAAGCAGGAAAUCGAGAUGGAUCCCCUGGCAGCGAUCGAGGACUGGAAUAAUAAAGAAAUUUCUCAAUUUUGCUCUUGGUCGGGCGUCAGCUGCGAUGCCAGCCUCCAGCGAGUGGUUUCUCUCAACAUGUCCGGAUUCGGCUUGGUAGGGAACAUUUCAUCUUCGAUAGGAAGUCUGCAGCUGCUCUCUAUCUUGGACCUGAGCAACAACUCUUUCUUCGGAGUUAUACCUUCAGAGAUUGAUCAGUUGAAGCAGCUCACCACUCUUCACAUUGUAGGCAACCCGGGCCUCAAUGGGUCCAUUCCAGCCAGUAUCGGCUCUUGCUCGGAGCUCCGUGACUUACAAAUCGGUGGGAGCAACAUUUCAGGAAGUAUUCCUUCCACUCUAGGCGAGUGCCGCAAGCUCGAAACCUUGCAGCUCUUCUCCAACCCCACUCUGGGAGGCAAUUUCCCACCAGGAAUCUUCGGCAACCUCACCAACUUGAAUCUGCUGAACCUCUCGAACAACAACUUGAGCGGAGCCAUUCCCAGUGACAUCGGCAGCCUAAAACAGCUGAAAUUCCUCGACGUCAAGAAGAAUUUGCUUACUGGCCCGAUUCCUCCAGAGCUUUGUGAUCUGCCCUUGCUUCAGGUUCUCAACCUCAGCAGCAACCUCCUGUCCGGCCCAAUUCCUCAAGAUGUGGGCCGGCUGGUGUCGCUGACGAGCUUCUCACUGAACGAUAACUCUCUUACUGGGAACAUACCAGCCAGCUUGACCAAUCUAUCGGCUUUGAAGACAAUAAAUCUCAGUAAUAAUAAGCUGUCGGGAGAAAUCCCUUGGGACAUCUUGAGCCAGCUUCGUCAGCUGGAAACGAUCUUGUUAUCCCUGAACUCGUUCAUUGGCACGUUUCCUCAGAGGGUCAAGUCUGGAGAUUUUUCCAGCGUGCAGGUGCUCAAGUUGGACUUCAACUUCUUGAAUGGCUCCAUUCCUGAAUCAUUCUGCUCGAUGUUUCCGAACAUCAGAGUGUUUUGGCCCGAGUGGAACAGACUGAGCGGGAAAAUUCCAUCGUCCAUCGGAAGAUGCUCCAAGCUCUUGGACAUCCGCUUCUCGAAUAACAGCAUCUCAGGGCCGCUGCCCUCGAGCUUUGGCAACUGCUCGUCGCUCGAGAGGCUCGAAGGAUGGGGCAACAAAGUCUCAGGUCCGCUGCCGCGCGAAUUGGGCUCUCUGCAAAACCUGACCUACCUCAAUUUCGACGUGAACAAGUUGUCGGGAUCCGUCCCCGACGAGUUCUCUCGAUUGAAGAGCAUGGUUCAUCUGAGCUUCGCCCUGAACACUCUCAGCGGUCCUAUCCCCGAGUUCCUGGGCACAUUCACGAACAUGAUAUGGUUGAAUUUCGGAAGCAACUUCCUCUCGGGAACCAUCCCGUCGAGCUUGUUCCAUCCGGGCAUGUCGCUGGUAGAGGUCCACUUCGACACGAACCUGCUGGUCGGCCCGAUUCCUGACUCGGUGGGCCAAGCAUCGAGUCUGCAGCAGCUUUGGCUGCACAACAACAAGCUCAAUGGCAGCAUUCCGUCGACCAUGGGAUCUCUGGUGAACCUGACCACGCUGUACCUGCGGAACAACUCUUUCACAGGGUCCAUUCCUGCGAGCAUGGGCCAGCUCGCAAGCUUGACGAGCUUCGACACCUCGCAGAAUAAUUUCACCGGCGGCGUGCCGGAGUUCCUGAGAAACUUGUCCAAUCUGCAGGGCUUGUGGAUGUCGAACAACUCUGUGACAGGAACGAUCCCGUCCUGGAUCGGCUCGCUCAGAUUCUUGGAGUCUUUGAGCCUGGCCUUCAACUCGCUGCAGGGCCCCAUACCUCCCGAGAUUGGCAAUCUGACGACCUUGGAGUACCUGGCUCUCAACGACAACGAGCUGAGUGGCCCAAUCCCUGACUCUCUGAGCAACCUGUGGCGCAUCCAGUUCUUCAAUUUGGCCGGGAACGAUCUGAGCGGCGAGAUCACCGUGGACUUCAGCAACUUCUCCUCGACACCCAACACCUUCAUCCUUCUGAACAAGAAUAAUUUCACAGGGCCCUUUCCCAAAUCGCUGCAGAAUGUGUCGCUGCAGCUGCUGGAUCUGAGCAACAACGGGUUCACUGGAGUUCUGCCCGACGUGCCGGGCAUGGCGCCGACGCCCUUGAGAGUGCUGCUCAUCCGAGGGAACGACUUGAGCGGAGAGAUUCCAUCGUGGGUGUGGCGCCUCGACAAAUUGCAGCUGCUGGACCUGUCCGGGAAUCGGUUCACGGGCUCGCUGCCUCGAGCGAUCGGCGAUCUGGAGGGCAUGAAAACCGCACACAACGACAACAAUCGCACUCUCAACAAGUUCGGCCCUUCCGAUGGCUAUGACGGCCGCUUGUUCACUCACUACGAGUGGAACUUCUAUUUCAAGAAUGGCUUCUCCACCUACAGCUCCGUCAUCGCCUCGUACACCAACUUGGACUUCUCGAACAACAACCUCCAUGGCCCGAUUCCCGACCGGCUUUACGAGCUGGAAGGAUUACGAUUCCUGAAUCUGUCGUACAACUCCUUCAGCGGGCCCAUUGCGUCUGACAUCGGAGGUCUGCGCUUUCUCGAUCAACUGGACUACUCACAUAACCAACUCAGUGGCGACAUUCCCAGCUCGUUCACAUCGGCGGGGUUUCUGGGAAUUCUGAACCUAUCGUACAAUAAUCUGUCAGGAGCGAUCCCCGAGUCGAUGACCAAGUUUCCCAACUCGUCGUUCGUGGGAAAUGCAGACCUCUGUGGGCCUCCUCUGACCACCGUGUGUGCAGGCGAUGCAACAUCGAUGUUCCCUCGAGAUUCUGCAGAGCGCUAUAGCAUCUGGAGAGAUAUGUUGUCCCUGGAUGGGUACAUAUCAUUCCUUGUCGGAGCUCUGAUUGGUUUCUGGGGACUGCUCGCUGCCAUUGUUCUGCACCCUGGAUUUCGCUCCUACGUCUUCGAAACAUCAUCCCCUCCGAUUGUUGUGCUGCCUGAAACCGAUCAGGAUCUCGGCAGGUCUAAAGAUCGGCAAUGGAACCGGUAUUUUCUUACGACGCAUUAGAGGUUCUGUACAAAUUCGGAUGCUUUAAGUAGUUCGCGGUGUAUGAAUCCGCAGCUUCAACUUUUAGCACUGGAGGUUUUGAGGUCCUAAAAUUACCGAUAAUAAUCAUAAAUAGAACGAUCUGGCUGGAUCGAGAUUCGGUUGCUGUAAAUUCUUGAUUUGAUCCUCGGGAUGAAUCAGUGCUUAUAUUGAAAAGUGAAAUGAAUUUCACCCCUACA